AUGAGUGGUGCUGAGGAGAUGGGGUCCGUGGGUUCCCCAACAGAUAAGAAGAGUAACUCCUUCCCCAUAAUGCCCCCGAAAAGCCACUACUCUCUCAGGAAAAGAAACUCCCUGCGGGGAAGACCUGCACCACUGAAGAGAACCCUGCCCAAGGAGCUGGUGCAGAUCACCAAGCACCGGCUAUGCCGACUGCCAGCCUCUAGAAUGCAUAUCCCAGCCAAAGACGGGUCCAGCUUGCACCUUGUAAGGAGCCCUGUGGCUAAUAAAGUAGUACAGACUCGCUAUAGGAUAGUGAAGAAGAAUGUGGCUUCACCUUCAAGUUCGUCGUCAUCCUUCAGCAUUCCUGUUCCCAGCUGGAAGACAAGGCGACUUGUGACAUCCAGAUCUCUGGUAUUAAACCCAAUGCGCCAGUCACCCCUAGGCGGCAAAUCCCAGCAGCUGCAGCCGAGAUGGAGGAACAAAGGCUUUUGCUGUAUAGGAGGUGUGAUGUACAGGGUGUCAGCCAAUAAGCUCUCCAAAACCUCCAGCUCCCCAGUCAGGGGUGGCGACCCGAGUAACAAGCUCCACGGUAGAACAGCAAGGUUGGAUUGUACAGCCAGCAGCCUCGCUUAUUCUCCUCCCAGCUGUCUGCACAGAUCAGCUACGAGCCGAUACAUUGCAAGCCGAGCUGUUCAGCGGAGUUUAGCCAUCAUUCGUCAGGCCAAGCAGAAGAAAGUGAAGAAGGAGUAUUGUAUGUACUACAACCGCUUUGGCAAAUGUAACCGUGGGGAGAGCUGUCCCUACAUCCAUGAUCCGGAAAAAGUAGCUGUCUGCACCAGAUUUCUCCGUGGCACAUGCAAGAAGACUGAUGGGACAUGUUCAUUUUCACACAAAGUUUCUAAAGAUAAGAUGCCAGUGUGCUUAUACUUCCUGAAAGGAAUCUGCAACAACAGCGACUGCCCCUACAGCCACGUCUACGUGUCCAGGAAAGCUGAAGUGUGCCAGGAUUUCCUCAAAGGCUACUGCCCCCUGGGCGAAAAGUGCAAGAAGAAACACACCCUGGUGUGCCCAGACUUUUCCAAAUCCGGCAUCUGUCCAAAGGGCGCCCAGUGCAAACUCCAGCAUCCCCAGAGAAAGCAUCACCUCAGACAACCUAGUACCACAGGUGACUCCAACCAGGGCAGGUCAUCACCAAAGUGGAAGAGGCUGGGAGAGGAGGCAGUGAGGAGGGAUGCAGCCCACCUCCAGGAUGAUGGGGAGAUUCCUGGACCCUCCAGCGCAGAGCAGGGGGUAAAGUUUUGGAGUGACGCAGACACCCCAGCAUGCAGCAGACUUCAGAAGCUCCCGUCUUUCAUCUCUCUCCAGUCACCUACCUCUCCAAGCGAGGUGGCAUGCACAGCUGACAGAGACAAGACAGGGGAGGAUACAGGGAAGCCGCUGCAGAUCAAGCCCAGGCUGUGAGGUCAGCUCCCUGGAUUCAGCAUCUCUCCCGCCCGCCUCAUGCACUUGUCCAUUCAACAGUCCAGCAGCCGAACGCCUCAGGAAACCCAACGGCCAGGCCGGGCCCGGCACCUACCUCAGGACAGCAAGACGGGAGGAGGCCUCCUCCUGAUUUGUGUUCCGUUUCGUUACGUUCAUUUGGCCUGGAACCUGGUAACAGUAAAUGACUCCGGUUCCCCCAGCCCUGUCGUGCAGAGAGGCGGCUUUGUAAGCGUUUUAAUUUUGGAAUAAAUGAUCUUUUAAUCUGGUUUAUUUAAAACAAACCCCUUCCCACGCCCCUGUUUAACUUCAGCUUGCCCGGUCAUUCUUGAGUUAGCAAGAAUGAACUGUUGUGAUCAGAUUAGGCUAAACGGGGCCCAUUGAUCAUACCUGCAGCCCUUUGCACCCGGGUUCUUGGUGCCGUCUUUGGAGCUUUGCAGUUGCAGUAAUUCUCCUCACAGAGAUUUGAGGAAGGGACAGGAGUUAAAGAAACCUAACUCUGUUUCUCUUCAGUGCCGGGAAGCCGCAUUGCCCAGUUGGGUAUAUUUCAACAGCACUGUCUGUGAGUGGGAAAUUAUACUGCAUGAUGAGAGGCUGGAGAACUUCAGCCAGCCAAGAAGUGCAGCAAUUGCCUAGAAAUGAGGAUGUGAGCUUCUUACAACCAUCAGGAUAGGAAUUUGUUUUGGGGGUGAGGGGUGUGCAAGGGGGCUGUGGCUUUUGGUAGCCAUGUGCUUAAGGGAAAUGCGUGACCCAAACAGAACAGCCACAUGAGGUGAGCUCUGAAGCCAUUUCAGAGAAACAGUUAUGCCCUUGU